AUGUUGGGGCUGCAGCAGUGGCCUGAACACAUGCGACGCCGCGUUCGCCGCACCCUUUACGUGCGGUGGGGAUGCACCGGCCUGCGCUUCCUUUGCCGCGCACACGUACAUGCACACGUUCUUGUCGUCGUUGUACCACGCGCCUCUCUUUUUGUCGUGUCGACUUCCUCCACGGGCGAGUAUGUGAGGGGGCAGGCGGUGUCCUUCCCGCUGCCGUCGCCAAUAUGCUUCCCGGGUGUCACGGGGGGCAGUGCAACGCUCUGCCUCUCUUUCCCCCUCUCUCCCUGCUGGUCGCUCCUGAGUUUCUUUCCACAACUCCCGCUGCCUCUCCCUUUGCUCGCUCCUUCUCCCUGGCGGCAAGGUGUGUUUGCAUGCCCCUCGGCGGACGCCGCAGAGCCUCGUCUUCACCGCCCACUUGCCUCCGCCGACCUGCGACAGGCGUCUAGUCAGCGAGCGCACUAA